CUAUACCGGACUUUUAUUUUGCAAAUAGUUUAGCGGAAAAUGCUGUGCAUUUGGGAUUAGCACUUCGUCUAGUAUGGAUCUUUCUAUUCUUACCAUUCUGUGGUAUUUUUCGUUACUUUAUUUAGUAAUACACAUACUGUGUUUCAUUUUCGCCGAUGGAGACUUUGAGUUGUUAUUGGCCAGUUUUAAAGGGCGACGUCCAGAGACCAUACUGAAAGGACAGGUGGUCUGGGUCACUGGAGCUUCCAGUGGUAUUGGAGAAGAACUGGCCUACCAGCUGGCAAAGUGUGGUUCACGUCUGAUCCUGUCUGCUCGCCGUGAGGAUGAGCUAACCAGAGUGAAACGUCUAUGUGUAGAGUCAUCCAACCUCAAGGAUGAAGAUAUUUUUGUUCUUCCACUUGAUUUGCUGCAAAGGGAAACUCAUGCUGAAAAAACAAAAGCAGCAAUCCAACACUUUGGGCGUGUUGAUAUUCUAAUUAACAACAGUGGGCGGAGUCAACGCUCCCUGUUCAUGGACACCAGCAUUGAUGUCUAUCAAGGCCUGAUGGAGCUCAAUGUCCUGGGCACAAUCUCCAUUACCAAGCAGGUGCUGCCUCACAUGACAGAGAGAGGAAGUGGAGGCAUAGUGACAGUGAGCAGUAUUGCUGGCCUCAUUGGAGUGCCACUGUCAACAGGGUACGCAGCCAGUAAACAUGCUCUACAGGGUUUCUUCAAAUCCCUCCAAUUUGAACUAAGUGAAUAUCCAAACAUAUUCAUCAGCACAGUUUGUCCAGGACCAGUCAUGUCUCAAAUUGUACAAAAUGCCUUCACAGUGGACCUCAACAAGCCUGUAUCUUCACCUGGUGACCAGAAACACAAGAUGCCAACGAGUCGCUGUGUGCGUUUAAUGCUUGUGGGAAUAGCCAACAAUGUCAAGGAAAUGUGGAUCGCACAACAGCCCUUCCCGCUGAUGUUCUACCUGCGGCAGUAUACGCCAACAUUUGCCAUGUUCAUAACACAGAAGAUGGGCAAGAUCAGGGUGGAGAAUUUCAAAGCUGGUCUGGAUGCUGACACAGCAUACUUCACUAAGCCCAAAACUGCCUGAAAAGAUGAGCCUGAAAAGAUGAGCCUGAAGAUCUCAUCCAUCCAUCCAUUUUCAUCUGCUUAUCCGUUACCGGGUCGCGGGGGCAGCAGUCGCCACCCAAAUCACAUUGCACCGUAC